AAAGCUGAUCAGUGGAAGGAAAUGUGUAGACGGUUGUCAUUGUGUAGAGUAGAUUGAAACAGCCCCUCUCCAAACUGGGAAAAUCGCUCUGACGUUCGUUCCAUCGGGACUGAAAUCCCCAAAUUUCUAUCCUCGGUCGUUUUGCCUUUGUCUUGCUUGAUUACCAUGCCAUCCACUACAUUACCGUCAGCAGAAGACAAGAACCUGGUCAGACGCGCUGUACCCACCUCAAAAAUAUUCACCGCCGGUGUUGCCCGGCUCUUCCUUGCUUAUCCCAACCCGCAAAGCUGGAAUUACUCAAACAUAUGGGGAGCUGCCGUCUUCUUGAAAGACAAGGCAAAGAAUGAUUCUUAUUUUAUUCGCAUCAUUGAUUUAGAGAACCAUAAGGGUGUAAUAUGGGAGCAGGAGCUGUAUGAAGGAUUUCAAUACACACAAGAACGACCAUUCUUUCAUACUUUUGAUACCGACGAUUGCCAAGCCGGUCUGCUAUUUGUCGAUGAUGGUGAAGCAGAAACGUUUUAUAAUAAGCUCAUCAAUCGACAGAUGCUGGUCCAGAAAGGCCCUGCAGUCGAAACGCAUGUGCGGAAACCAGCAGCCAUGAGUGCUAUUGAAAGAGCCAAAAAACCAAAAGGAAGGGUAGACAAAAAUUCUAUAGGACUACCCUCCGACUUUAGGCAUUUGGGUCAUAUCGGAUACACGCCAGAGCAAGGAUUUAGCGUACAAAAUAACUCUCCAGAAUGGAAUGGUAUUUUUGAUCAGCUGAAGGCUCUGGGAAUAUCGGCAGACGAAAUUAAUCACAACCAAGAAUUCAUCAAGAACUUUGUUGAACAAAGAGGAGGUCCUACUGCUACAGCUCCUCCCUCGAGAAAUACAGGUGGGCCACCACCUCCUCCUCCGGCACCUAUGAGGCAAUCCAAUGCAACAGGUCGACGUCCGCCUCCUCCACCUCCACCUCCAAGAAAAUCUGGUCGUCCGGCUAGUAAUGCUCCAUCGUCAUCACCAAGCACCCCACAGCCAAGCUUGCCUUCCAGAAAUCCACCGUUACCAAAUCGAGGCACAGCUUCACCAGCACUUCCAGGUCGCCCAGGAGCAGGUGGUGCUCCCCCUCCUCCUCCACCACCACCCCCACCUGGUAUGAAUGCACCUCCACCGCCUCCUCCACCACAGGCUAGCCCCAGCAUUCAAGAAGCGGUACCAGCAGAAGUCUUCAGCGAUGGACGGUCGAGCUUAAUGGCUUCCAUCAGAGGAUCUGGAAUUGGUACUCUACGCAAAACAGAAGGACCGCGUGAACCAAGUCCAUUGGCGGCAGCAGGAUAUGAAACAGGCAGUGGUGCGGCCGCAUCUGCAGGAGCGGCCACUGGAGGAGACCUUGCCAGUAGCUUGGCCAUGGCUUUGAAGCAACGAGCCACAGCCAUGCAAUCAGAUGAUGAAGACGAAGAGGAUAACGAAGAAUGGGAGGAUUGAUGGGGUCGAAAAAAAAAACAUUAACUGGCAUAUUUUGUGCAU